CAAAACAGGUAGCCACGGUAUACAGUAGCCGGGGGUGUGGCUCGCCGUUCCGGAAAAAAAGAAAGUUGAAAACGCAAGGAGCGAUUCGAUGGAGGCGAUGCGCCACGCUUCCACCUUCCUCCUCUCCUCAUCGGUAGAACGCGCCGGCGACCUCUCUCCGCCGGAUUACGCUCUUGUCGUUCUUAACCGGCCACUCCUUCGCUUCGCCCCUCUCCUUUGGGAACGCGCAAAGCUGCGGGUCUGCGCGGAUGGAGGAGCAAACAGUUUAUUUGAUGGAAUGCCGGAGUUGUUUCCCGAAGAGGAUCCAGAGGAAGUUCGAUUAAAGUACAAACCUGACGUAAUUAUAGGUGAUUUGGAUUCAAUAAGUACAAAAGUGAAGGAUUUCUAUUCUGAUUUGGGAGUUAAGAUAGUGAGAGUGACAGAGCAGGAGUUCCCCGACUUACACAAGUGUGUAGCUUUUAUUUGUGAUUGCACACCCUCUUUGGAGAAAUCAAAUCUGCAUAUUCUUGUUGCCGGCGCGCUUGGAGGAAGAUUUGACCAUGAAAUGGGGAACAUCAAUGUGCUUUAUCACUUCUCAAACAUGCGCAUUAUUCUCCUAUCGGAUCACUGCUUGAUUUAUCUUCUUCCUAAAACUCAUCGGCAUGAAAUCUACAUCCAGUCUUCUGUUGAAGGACCACGUUGUGGUCUCAUCCCGUUCGGUGCACCAGCUUCUUCCAUUACUACCACCGGUCUCCAAUGGGAUCUUACUGAAGGAAGCAUGCAUUUUGGUGGAUUGGAGAGCACAUCCAAUUCAGUGCGAGAGGAGAAAAUUACAGUGCAUUCUGACUCAGAUCUGUUGUGGACAAUUAGCAUCCGGAAACCAAGAUGAUGAACUCU